AUGUAUAUAUGUUUUGCAUACACAUACACAUUAAUAUUACUAUUAAUUGGAUAUUCUGGAUGUUCAGAUAAACCUACUAACACACAGGGUUCUAACUCUAAUGAAGAUAAUCUUCCAAAAAUUGGAGGAUUAUCAUUAGUAGAUUAUAGUGAUUCUGAUGAUGAAGAUAAUUUUCAGGUAACAGAAACUCAAGAAGAACAGACUGAAGAAAUAACUGAAGUACUAGAUGAAACUCAGACUGAACAAGAAACUACUCAGAUUGAAACUCAACCUGAACCUGAAACUACUCAAACUCAAACUGAAACUCAGACUGAACCCGUUAAGGAUGUAGAAACACAAACAGAUCUAGAACAGCCAGAACCACAAACAGAACCAGAACCUGAUGAUAAUCAAAUAAAAGAAAAACUACAUGUAUUAUAUUAUGUACCUCCUCCACAAGAACCAUAUGGAAUAUAUCAACAAAUAGUAGCAAUACCACCUAUUAAACCUUUGCCACCACCGGUUCCAGGAGAAUCUCCAAAAUAUUAUUUGAUAUCAGCAGAACAAAAUAAGUAUGGAGAACAUGAAACAAUUCCUGUCACUUAUAUGGAAUAUAAACCUAUUCUUCAACCUGUACUCUAUUAUGAACCUAUUAUUGGACCUCAAACAUAUCCUCCAAUGCAAUAUCCAUCAGUUAGUUAUCCUGUUGUAAUACCACCACCAAUACAACCUACUCAACUACCUACUAUAACUAAAGAAUCCCCUCAACAACCUAGUCAACAACCUAGUCAAGAAACUAGUCAAGAAACUAGUCAACCUGAGACACCUCAACAACCUACUCGAAUACCAAGACAACCUACUCGAAUACCAAGACAACGUACUCACCCUAAAGAGCAUAAACCAAUUCAUCCGAAUAUUAGACCACGUAUAAAAAUACUAAGACGACCUACACAGCCUAUACAAUCUAAAGAACCUACUAAACAAGACUCUAAAGCAGCUACUGAACCUUCUCAAACUAUGGAACCUUCUCAACAAUCCUCUAAAGAACCUUCUACUGAAGAACCUACUCAGGAAGACUCUAAAGACUCUAGUUUGGAACCUACUCAAUCUACUGAAGAAUCCACACAUGAACCUACUCAUACUGAAGAACCUCGUCAACCUGAACCUACUCAAGAACCAACCGAAGAACCUACACAAACUACUCAACAUACUACUCAAAUAGAACCCAUAAAACCUACUAGUGAACCUGAACAGUUGGAACCAGAAACUAUUCCAGUAGAAAUUGGAUCAGAUGAAGAUGAAGAACAUGGAGGUGAAGAACCUCCAAAGGAACCUACUGAAUCUCCAAGUGGACCUGGAGAUGCAGAUCAACCACCAGAUAAAUCUGAUGAACCAGGUGGUGCAGGUGGUGAUGAGGAUGAAGAAGAUCAACCUGAAGAACCUGAAGAAGAGAAGGAACCACCUAAAGAUUUAAAAAAGUGUAAAGAAGUUAAAUUUAUGAAGAUGAAUGAAGAGGGUAAUUUAAUUCCAAUGUCUGAGGGUGAUUAUGAAAUUAAAUAUGAAAAUUUUUAUGUCACCAAAUAUGAAUUUUUAGCAAACCUCGAGGAAAUACAUUGUGAUGGUAAGCCAAUUUUUAUUCAUAAACAUUCAAGUCCUUAUACGAAAUUAAUAACCCAUAAUAUAUGUGAUGAUAGUUUUAUACUUUUAAUCGGUGAUAAUUUUGUUACACUGAGUUUAGGCAAAAAAAAUUGGAGCUCACUUACUUACCAAAUUCCAAAUUUUAUCAAACUUUAUAAACAUGAUAGUGAAGGAAAUCUGGUUGAAAUGAAUCGUGAAGAAUACAUAAUUGAUUUCAAAUUAAAACAUUCCUUCAAAUAUAUCAUGAGGAAAAAUAUUUCGUGUAUCAAAGUUCAAGUCGCAAAUAUAGUAGCAUGGGAAAAAACUAAAAAUGAUACAGAUCUUUGUGGAUUUUCUAUAUCUUCACUAAAUUCUGUUGUAUUACGUUUCCAUAAAUAUACAAGAGUAGUUAACAAAAAAAACGGAACUUAUAAAACUUCAUUUACAAAGUCAAAAAAGAAAUAA